CGGGUUGCCCUUUCCUGUUUCGCCUUCCGCGAAGUGGGCUCGUGGACCAGUGAGACCCAGAAGAGGCUUGUAGCGCCCGGGAGCUCGCGGACGGCUGUUCCGCGGCUGUCAUCAUGCCACAAAAUGAAUAUAUUGAAUUACACCGCAAACGCUAUGGGUAUCGUUUGGAUUACCAUGAGAAAAAGAGAAAGAAAGAAAGCCGGGAAGCCCAUGAACGUUCAAAGAAGGCCAAAAAAAUGAUUGGCCUGAAGGCUAAGCUCUACCAUAAACAGCGCCAUGCUGAGAAAAUACAAAUGAAAAAGACUAUUAAGAUGCAUGAAAAGAGAAACACCAAACAAAAGGAUGAUGAGAAGACCCCACAAGGAGCAGUACCCGCCUAUCUGCUGGACAGAGAGGGACAGUCUAGAGCAAAAGUACUCUCCAACAUGAUUAAGCAGAAACGAAAAGAGAAGGCGGGAAAAUGGGAAGUCCCUCUACCCAAAGUCCGUGCCCAAGGAGAAACAGAAGUAUUGAAAGUUAUUCGAACAGGAAAAAGAAAAAAGAAGGCAUGGAAGAGGAUGGUUACUAAAGUCUGCUUUGUUGGUGAUGGCUUUACAAGAAAACCACCUAAAUAUGAAAGGUUCAUUAGGCCAAUGGGCCUACGCUUCAAAAAAGCCCAUGUCACACAUCCUGAGCUGAAAGCUACUUUUUGCCUGCCAAUACUUGGUGUGAAAAAGAACCCAUCAUCCCCAUUAUAUACAACUCUGGGUGUAAUCACCAAAGGCACAGUUAUUGAAGUGAAUGUGAGUGAAUUGGGCCUGGUGACACAAGGAGGCAAGGUUAUCUGGGGAAAGUAUGCCCAAGUUACUAACAAUCCUGAAAAUGAUGGGUGCAUAAAUGCUGUCUUGCUGGUUUGAUAGUGACUUCCACUGAAGACUACACAUCCUUUGGAAAACAUCACUGUGAUCUUUCUGAAUACUACCAAGCUGCCUUACCCAUAAUUGUAAAGAAAAAGAAAAAUAAAAACUGCUCAGUUUUACAGUUAGUCUUUAGUUUGGGGCCUAAGACUUAUGUAUUGAUGUAACUGAGUAGCAAGCAUACAAAUAGAUGUCUGUGAACUAGGAAGUGUAUGCAGCAAUGGAAAAGCCACCAGUAUAGUUUUAAGUACCCGUAAGGUUACUGACCACUUAUUUAUUGGGUGGGCUAGGAAUUUUAGAUCUGUUCAAAUACUUUUCCAUCUCAUUGCCAUUAAUCCUAAACAGUGGAGCAUUUUAAGCACAGGUUUAAAUUUAUAAAAUAUUACAUUAAAAGAAUUAUACUGAAAAUUCACAACUUGUAGUUUCUACAUUUGUAAUUAAUACUUUAUAUAGUACUGCAGUGAAUUCAAGUGUACUUCUACCAUUUCAUAUAUUCUAAAAAUAGGGUAAUGCAUUCACAUUGCUACCAUGAUGUUAAAAAUUGGUUUAGAUAAUUCUAGACUAUGUACCAGUGCCCUGAGAUGCCACAAUUAAAAGUCAUGAUUUGGAAUUAUAACUUAAUCUAAGCAUUUUGUGAUAUAAGAAUCAUGAUUGUGUCUUUGAGCUUCAGAAAGAGUGUAUAUCACCAUACUAUUUUAAAAUUGUUUAUUUUUUUUAAUCUGUCUUCAUCAUAUAGCCAAUAUGAUUAGUUGGGCCUUUGGCAGAAUCAUUGAAUGUCUAAUACACUAUCUAAGAAUAUCUUCAUGAAUGAAAUUCAGAGGAAAGAGAAAAAACUGAAAGCACAGACCAGAAAGCAAUCACAAAAUAUAGGUUUAAUUACUAGUUUAAACAUUGUGGGGUGGGGAACUAGCAAGGAAACAAACGAUAAAUUCUCUGGUAAGACUUGUUACUGUGAAUAAUAUAUCUCCCCCUCCCCAAGCUUUAGAACAUACCAAGAUGAUGAUAAGGGGAAUCACUACACACAGAAUCACCUUGGGACCUUUCUUAACAAUUAGAUUUCAACAUUUUCCACCAAUAAGAACAGGUAAUGUAUGAUUUAUUCACUUAAGUUACAGAUGGUGAAAGGAAAUUUGACUUCAGGUAAUCAGUGGGUAUUGUUGAAAUAGGUUUGCUUGUUUUUUUUUUUUUUUGUUUGUUUGUUUUUUGUUUUGUUUUUUUUUAAGAACUAGAAACAGCAAACUAUCUUGUACCAAAAAGCAUGGUAGAAAGUAUGAAAACAAGCAUGAUGUAUGUUAACAGACCACACCAAAAACACCAGAUUUCUAGUGGACAUAAAAAGCAGAGUUGCUCUCUAAAAUACACUUAUGAGUCGUGUUAGUAUAAAUUCUUUAUUUACAUUGAAAUCUGUUUCAAUUGCUGGUGUGACUACACCUUAGAAGGUAAUCCCCAAGGAAAGAACCUUAGACCAGAUGUUUAGUUGGUAGAAAGGGCUUAAAGGAAGAUUACUCUAAAGUCACAAACCAUCUCAGAUAACAUUGUGGUCAUCUGUUAAGUAAACCAUUAAUAACUAGAUAGCCUGAUUCUGCAAACCAAUGGAAAUAUGAAAGAAGACACAUUAAAGGUUGUGAACAUAUGUAGAAGACUGGCAUUGUAAGUCAUGCUAUUGGAUUGCAUUAAAAAAUCAUAAUAGACUCUCCAUCUCUAAAAGUUGUAAAGGAGCUUUACAAUAAAAUUCUUAAAUAAA